GUAAUUGCUGUAAUGUUAUGACAGGUCAUUGUUUUUUUUUCACUCACAUCUACAACAUUUGGCAAGAGAUUCGUGUUUGCAAACAUUAGUUUUGGAAAAAGAUUGAUAGUGCGGUUUGUUGCAAGACAGGAAGCAGAAUUCAUCGUUUGCUAAUUUCCGGCAAUCAAAAGCAAAUUCAUCGGUUUUUAUAUAGAUAUGGGCACCCGAAAGAAGGCAUCCGAACUUGUUUUUAAUUUGCAAUGGAGAAGUAAACCCGACAAUGGAGGCGACAAGUCCAACGUUAUUGGAAUGUAUGACACCCCAACAACAACCUCGAACUUCGAAAUGUUUAAAUCGUACUUGCUGAAGAAUUCCGGGGUCGCUGGCAACGAUGUGAAAGUUACUUAUAUCACCGACAACGGGCAGGAAUGGGUGAUUGACUCUCAGGAAUGGUUUGAACUAGCUUUGAGUGCAUUUCGUUUGAAAGCUAGAUUGGGGGAGGUAAUUUUUCUCAAGCUUGACAAGAUAUUCAGCUCAAAACAUCUGCCGAGGAAAGAUUCCAAUGAUGUGGAAACGCAAUUCGAUAUGGAUUCAAUGGACAACAGUAUGAUUGCACCCCCAGAGUGGUUUGUCACCUACAUGAAACAGUUUAAACGAGAUGUUGUGGAAGAAGUAACUUUUGCGGUCACGUCCAAUAUAAUUGCUAAUAAAGACAAGGAAGUUCCUGUUGCAACACCUGCGUCUUCAAAGAGAAAUAAGCCCGAAUUUACUAAAAGAUCUAGAAAGCAUGGAGAGAAUCCUAUUGAUAAAGAACUUUUUAAGACUUUAAAAUUUGACAUGAAAUUGGAAAAUAAAUUGGACAAAUUGGAUGCGAAAACAAAGAAAAUCAAGGAAAAGAAGCAAGCAUUGAUUAAUAAAAUAAGCUGUGCUGAAGAUCGACAUGGGAGUGGUAAACGCUCUCAUUUUCUACUUGAUACUUCGUCUUUUAUGAAUGCUUCUCUUGUAAACGAAUGCAAUACUGGGGUCUAUGAACAUAUGUUGGGCGGUGAUGUUUAUCUUCAUACUUGGCAAGUUAUCAACAGUGGGAUGUUACCUUGGACUAGAAGUACCGAAUUGCGCUUGACUUGGGGAUCUACCGAGAUGGUACCGGCUAGUAAAACUAUUCGCUGCCCUCUCUUGCAACCAGGGGAAAAAGGCACAAUUUCUGUUCGAUUUGAAAUACCGAAGAAACCCGGCACUUACGAAAGCUACUGGAAUUUCUACGAUAAAGACGUCCGAUUUGGCAAAUCUUUGAGUUGCUGUGUUAUUGUCGACAGGCCUUUGUCUUCAAUUCUAAAUGUAGAAUCGCCAAAGAAACCUCUCGGAAAAGUCAUGUUUUGCAGUAGUGGAGCAGCCGAAGUGUCAAAACCAUUACCCGUGAAUGACAAUCACCAAAUGGAAGAAUCAGUUGAGAAAAUGUUCAAUAUUGCCGAAAAACAGCCAAUUUGCGUUCAAGUACCUAAGCAUGUUAAAGAAGUUGUUAUUUUUCCAGAAGAUUCAGAAAAUAAUAUAAAUGCGAGUAUAGAAAUCCCGGAAGGUGUCAAACGACUGGUCUACUACCCUAAUAGAAUUGAACCCGAGGAGAGUUCUCCUUUUUUUGAUUUAUCAAAGCUGACAAACUCAUUUAAAACAGAGACCCAAAAAUCGGCUGAUUUAGAAGAAAACAUGAAUGUGUCCAAAUUAGUUUAUUUCCCAAAUGAGUUUGCUGAAUUAGACAAGAAAAGUCCUUCUAAAGAGAACAUUGACGCUGUGAACAAAACACUAGCUCAAAUGCCAAUGGAAAAUGCCACGACUCUUGCAAACAGCGUUAUUGAUUUAAGUCGACGCAUUCAAAAUAUUAAAAUAGUUGGGACUUCUCAGCAAGAUUCUGAUUCGGAGUGGGAAAGCGUGUGGUCAUAUGGAAAAAUGAAAAAUAAGGACAAUCAAUCAACUGACUUUGAAGAUAAAGCAACAAACAAAUAUGGUAUUGCGGAGAAAGAUCUUAUUGUAGAUUUAUCUAAAAAGUCCAAAGAGUUUGAUAAAGUCGAAAAGGAUGAGGAAAAUGUGAACGUAAACGAUGAUAAAAACAAUAACAACGGAGCAGUGGAAAACAACAACUCAACAGGGGAGUCGAUUUCGGAAAUUGCCAGCGAGGCGUCUUCAGAUCUGAGCAGUGGCUAUGAUGUGGUGAAUGAUCCAGUGUGUGAAGAGAAGGAAGAAAAUUCAGGAUAUGUUUAUAUAACAUUCGACGGCAAUAAAUUGCCAGUUCCGAAACACAUUUUGCGUCCCGAUUUCCUUGUAAAUGCUGAAGAGGCCCCUGGACCUUUGAAUUCCGAAGAUGAAGAAAAAAUUGAUAAUGCCUCUCAACAAAAAAUUCCUGACGAUUCAAACUCUGUAAAAUUAGAACAAAUCCAUCCUAAGGAAGAGGUCACUGAACAGUGUGUCCAAGAAAAAUCUUUCAUGUCACAUUGCUCUGCUACCGGUAGUUGUUUCUCGGAUGUCACUUCCGGAAAAAGAUUGUUUAUUUUCCCCCAAAGCAAUCCAGGAUAUGAGGUUUUUUAUCCAUCACAACCAAAAAUGGAGUCUGAGAAAAUCGAGAAACCGGUCACUUUGAACAUCAAAGAUGAAACGAAAUAUACUUGGGCACAUCAAGCUCCAUGUUCUCAUUAUUUAAAAACGGAUCCGUAUGGACCGUUGGACCAAUCACAGGCUGGAUCCCUUCAUAAUCCAGCUGUUGGACACCCAACUUCUUCUCAUCCACAUCCAAUUCCCCAUCAUCAAAACAUGCAACAGUCGGAAAGGAAACAAUUUGAUUAUGGUUUGCAUCACCGACCAGCACCUAAACCCUCUGUUAAAGAAGAAACGCCAUCUGCUCCACCUCAACCACCACAAGCAGAAUAUACACCUCAAGUUCACAUACUGCCGGAGAAUUUGGUCAGCGGUGCUGUCAAUGUUGCCUCAUCUGCAAUCAACACGGCACGUUCUGUCAUUAACAUGAUUGUACCAAAAGCAGAACCUGGAAAAUGGGUGAAUGGCCAUUGGGUAACGGAGAAUCCUGAUUCAAUCCGUGCUAAGAAUCUGCUCAUUUUAGCUGAGAUGGGCUUUUGGGAUGCGGAUUUAAAUGCUACGCUUUUAGCGCGGUAUAAUGACGACUUAGCUAGAGUGAUAAGUGAACUUGUUCAAUAAAUACACUGUAUAUUUACGUCCUAUCUAAUAUGUUUUAUUCACAAACGCAUUUUACUAGUUAGUUUUGUAGUCUAGUUUUAAGGUAUUGAAAAGUAUUGGUGUUAUUGAAUGGAUUGGAUUACUAGUUUUAGGGAACAAAUAUUAAAGGUUCCGAAUUUAUUAUAUCUGAAAUGUAUUUUCAAUUAAUGAGAUUACUUUAGGUUGUAAUUUGUGUAACUAUUAUCAUGUUAGUGGUUUUCUUUUAAUAAAAUUUAAGUUUUUCCA